UGAAAAGUGUAAUUUUGGAUCUUGCAAUUGAAGACACCCCUCCCAAAAAAAUUCAAGUUGAAGGGUUAAUGUCGAACGAGCCAUGGUGAGAUCAUGGCUUGGCAGAGACGCACAGACGGUUGAUGAUCCGAGGCGAGGCGAGGCACGAAUUGAGCUCAAGGCUAGGUUUUUGCAUCUUCACGCCCACAACGGCAUUCACCAUCACUCUCUCGGAGCCAUCGCAUCCAACCCCAGUAAUCGCUAGCUCUCAUCGACUGCGAGUCGCCAAUCCACAAUUUCCUUUCGUCACUAACACCUGGUCCGGUAUGUACAAACACACGCGCGCAUUACUUGAGUCCCCGAGCUGCGCAAGCAAAGCCAGAAACUGACCAGUCCACAGUUUUCGCGCCUACGAUUCCACUGAGACUCCGCCGGCA